GCCGUGGGCAACUGGAAAACAAAGAUGGCGGCAGUGGGUGGAGAAGAGUAACAUGGCGGAGACAGGAAUAGACGCGGGGGAGACGAACAAGCCCGUCACUGAUCCCCUGGUUGCGGAGAUCCACAAGAGAAUCCGCGAAGCCUUCAGUCCGUUUGACGAUGACAACAACGGCACCGUAGAUGUGAGGGAAGUAGGAGCUAUAAUUCGCUCGCUGGGUUGCUACCCGACUGAGGCAGAGAUAGGAGAUAUGCUGCAGGAAGUUGAGGAGGAGGAGCCAACUGGGUUCAUUAGGCUGGAGAAGUUUCUGCCAAUGAUGACCAGAGUACUACAAGAGAGGAGAUAUCAGCCUGCAAGCGAGGAGCAGUUGGUUCAAGCCUUUCAGGUGCUGGAUGUUGACAGGAAGUCUCACCUGACUCCAGAGGAAAUCAAAAAGUAUCUGAUGGAAGAAGGAGAGAAGUUCACACAAGAUGAAAUGGACGAAAUGCUGUCUGCAGCAGUGGACAAAGAGAAAGGAACAAUCCUCUACAGAGACUUUGUCACCUACAUGCUACCUGAAAAUGUCCAGUGAUGAUGAUGUGCAUGUUUUUCCAGCUAUAGUGUCGGUCGUCGAUUAUGUAAUCCCGAAUCCCAAUCCAAACGGCUGCAGUUUAUCUCGAGGUCAAAGUAGAUGUACUUGCUUCGACUUUUCUUCAGUUGGCCAUGCUGCACAACCUGCCUGAUUGCGAAAUACCCCAGAUUGAGGUGUUCCUCCGCACGUAUCCGGUUUAGCACACAUCUUUCUCCGUCACUGUUGUCGUCGCAAACUGUAAGCGAUAUCUGAACUGUAGCUGAAGGAGGGAGAGGAGGGCAUUUGUCUGACGUGUUGAUACGAACUAUCAUCGUCACGUACUCCCCACAGUCGCUGGAUUCCCCGUAGGGGUAGAGUUGAAACAACAACUUUGGAUUGUGUCGACCGAGAUUUGUGUCCAGCUCAAAUUUGUGCGAUCGCGAGAUGCAGCGUUUUUCGUCGUGAUUCCAAAUCGGUUUCCCCAAGUCGUCUCUCGGAACCCGCCACGUGAUAGCAUUUCCAGAGUUCCGCUUUGUCUUGUGCUUCCCGAAUAUGUUCAGGCAUUUCUUCCAUUGUUUUUCCUUGCAAGUUAAUCCUGGCUUGUUUGCCUGGCGAGGCCCGCCUAUAGCAGCACCCUCUGGCGCAGGUAGCUGAUUAGUAGAAUCAGCCUCCUUCCCCACACCUGUGAGAACAGAGAUAUUGAAACACAGAGUGCGUGACAAAGAUACACGCUAUCACAUCCACUGCACAAUGCUUCUCUCCUUAGAAGGCUGUAGAAGUGUAGUAAGGGGAAAUUGGAUUCUCAGAAGGAAACUGGAGAACACUUGCAACAACAACUACAGGAAUUGGAUUAAGUGUCACAAACGCCAACCUUGUGUCAUCAUAUUAUUUUCCAAGUCUCCAGUAUCGUCUUGCAGUAGUAGAGAGGCCCGUGGCGUUCUUGACAGCUCCAAAUCUUUCUGCUCAGGGUGCAGGCUGUCACUCUCGUUUGCUGCGAGGAGUGGUUGGAGUCUCCUUUGCCGGGCUUUUUUGUGGCGACUAGCGAUGGCAGCUGGACAUUCAAGUGUAUCUCUUCUUUCUUCAUAGCCACCUUCUUCCUGGUCGCUGUAUAUCUCACUCACACGAAUGGCCUCCAACGCUCCUGGGUGCUCUGGGUGUACAAGAGACAAAGGAGCGAUCCUAGAUGGAAGAGUCUGUGCCACUGGCUCAAAGUGAACUGCGGAUGAUGUAUUAGUAAACUCUUGUCCCCGAGGAAGGCUUAUGGUGAGAUUAGCUGUGACGUGGUGGAAGAGCAUUGUGGAAGCUCGAUCGAGAACAGCUUCAGUAGCCGAGUUCAAAGAGUUGUAGCUACUGCUGUUGGAUGAGGAAUAGCUAUUCGGGUACGAGUGACUGAUUUGACUACUCUGAGAUAUAGACCUGAGAGACAUGCUGGUUUUACUCGGUGGGAUGUGAGGACAAUCUUGUGGGGUUGCCCCUUGUUCAUGAGCGUCUAAACCGGACUGACUUGUUGUAGUAGCGUGUUCGAGCGAGCCCCCGCACUGGUGGUCCCCUGAUAUCUGUCCUUCGACGAAACCCUGUGUGAGACUCGUGGGUCCACUAGAGACAGAGUCCAGAUUGCUGGACGUGGAUUUUGAGAAUGGGGGAAGAGGAUCAGUGGCAGAUCUUCUCCUGCGGCCAUUUCUCCCCCUUUCUGUCACCGUCGG